AUGGAAAUUGAACAUCCCCGCCGUAUUCUAGCUGUCGGUGCCCCCGAUUCCGGCGUCCUCCAUCUUCUCAAGGAUCUUACCGGAUCGGCUCCCGACCUCGUGACAGAUUCCACUGCCGGCCUUUCACACGAGUGGAAGCUGGAGACACGCUAUUAUACCGCUACCCUCCCCAUCUGGAUCGACGAAAUACCGCAUAUCGGCGAAUGGCGGGAGGAGUUUGUGAAGCCGGAAGCGCAGGAGGUGGUGAGCGUGUUGGGUGCUUGGGUAUACUGUUUCAGGAAGCCGGUUAAGGAAGAGCAUUUGGACUCUGUGAAGGAAACACUGAAAGCCAUCGCCGAUGUGGUGGAGAAAGCUUGCGGAUAUAGCUCCGACUCCGUGUUGCUGGCAGUCGCCAUGCCACAGAGCACGACGCCACAUCUGGAGAGGAGCUUCGAAGAGUGGGAAGAACUCUGUUCGGAUUUUGGGUUCGAGUUCGUGGAUUUCGAGGCGAAGGGAAAGAACGAGUUUGGAGAACGUGUCGGCCUUCAACGACUAAAGGAAGCACUGGAGACGAAUGACUGGGCUGGUGAUGGGGAGGACCUCGACGACGAGGAGGGGUUCGAAAGCACAUUUGCCGCGGAAGAGGCAGAGAUGAAUAUGGAGCUUUUUGGCAUGAAGUCAGCUGUUAAUGGGGAUGAAGAUGGAGCAGAUAAAGUUGAUCAGGUUGAUGACUUGGAGCAUAUGAUGCAAAGGAUGCAAGCUAUAAAAGAGAAGAGUGAGGGCAUGCCAGAAGCCGAGCGGAAGAAGUUUGCAGCAAAGGCUGUUAGCGAUAUGAUGAAGAUACUAUGA